GGGUGAGAUCAUUGUUUUUCAUUACAUGUGUGUAGUAAAAACUUAACAUUGUGAAACAUGUUCUAAUAAGUGUCUUCCAAGUUUGUUCAAAUAAAAGCCCUGGGGUUUAAACUAGCCCCGCUCCGGGGGCCUAUAUACAGGUGAGCGACCUCAGGACCAUCAUGGCCCUCUUGUUUUCUUCUUUUAGACUGUGCGGCUCAUGCCACAAAGAACUGGCAUUGUUGCCACAGUGAUAGAGUCAAAUAUAAUAGCUUCAAAUGGUUACAUUAAUGUUAUAGACAAGGUUUUAGAGCCAGUUGAAGCAAUGUUACCCGAGGAUUAUCCUGAUCUGGAAACUUUCUUCAGUAAUCACUCAGAAUACAGCAUAUUUGCUGGGUGGCUUAAGGACAAGAAUUUGACAGACAAAAUGGAGAAUUUUAUGAAUUCAUACACAUUAUUCGUCCCAAGCAAUGAGGUUGCGAAAACAAUUAACAGAACAGUGACAACAGACUAUCUGCGCUUCUACAUUGCACCUAAGAUUCUAAUGAUGGCAUCUUGGGGUGAUAACAUGGAUAAUACUAUAGUGACUGACCUUGGGUACGAUCAUCAGCUUGUCACUGAAGUGAAAGGAUGGAAUAAGUAUACUGUAAAUGAUGUGCCAGUAGUGAAAGCUGACAUGUUUACAUAUGGUGGGAUAGUUAAUGAGAUUGGGGGCCUUCUUCAUCCGGUACUGCAUGAAUGUGACGAGAAAAAUACCACUGUGAACUUUGGUCCAUGUACAGUGUGUAGUCAGGGAUCUGUUUAUCCAUGUUUAGGGGGUGACGUCCCAGUACCAGGGAAAGGACCAUUUGACUGUAUGUAUACAGAACACUACCGGAAUUUUUACGGUCUUUACGAUACACUUCCCAAGAGGAAAGGUUGCCAAGGACUAUGUUUGAAACAGAACAUUAUUAAAGGUUGCUGCUCAGGAUACUUUGGGAAAGAUUGUCAGGAGUGCCCAAGCGGUCCCGAGUUCCCUUGUAAUGGACAUGGUGUAUGUAAUGAUGGUAUUUAUGGUGACGGCACCUGUAAGUGUGACCCUAAGUUCCAAGGUGAACAGUGUGAUACCUGUUUAGAAGGUUGGACUGGUGAAAAUUGUGACAUUGAUAUGACAAGUUGUAGUUACAAAAAUGGUGGCUGCCAUUCACAUGCCGAUUGUUACAAGGCCAGUAAAAUAACAUGUACAUGCUGGCCUGGUUUCCGUGGUGAUGGGUAUAACUGUAGUGGACUGUGUGACAUUGAUAACGGUGGUUGCCAUAGAAAUGCAACCUGUCAGUAUAUUAGGAGAGACAACAUUAAAUGUGAGUGUAAGGAAGGUUUAGUUGGUAACGGAAGAACAAAUUGUAACAGUGACAUUGUGUCAUCUCUUGUCAACAUAGAACAGACUACAUGGUUCCGCAAGAGCCUUUUGAGAAUGACAAAUAAGACGUUGCUAAGUAAUCUAAAAUCUUCCUACUCUACUGACCAGUUCACAUUGUUUGUGCCAAUUGAUAAAGGCAUGGAGAUGAAG